AUGCCGCAGCCGCUCGGGAAGUCGAUCGCGAAGGUGGAGCGCGAGGAGCGCGACGCGGACGAGGCGAUACGGCGACGCCGGGAGAAGAACCAAUCGCGAGGCGACACGUCGGACGAUCUGAUACGCUCACAAUCGAGGAGGACCUCGACGAGCGGCCGGGGAUACGACACGUCAUCAGCGGAAGCGGAGGACGGACCGCCGGGUUGGAUGACAGCGGCGACGGCGGCGGCGCUCGCGGCGCUGACGUGGAGCUUCGUCGGUCUCACGUUCAGCGAGGACCCGGCGAUGGGUCCGCCGCUGACGCCGGAGCAGAUCGCGGAGAUGACGUGGGAGUGA